UCCUCAGGAGCCCUCCUGCAAGGCCACCAAGAUGAGAUGCCUCUGUCUCUCCACAGCCCUUCUCUUCCUCCUGGUUAUCCUGGUGGACAGCACCCCGCUGAAUAUACACCAUAUCCAGGAUGAAGGUGUGGAGACAAGCCAUGGAAGGGGACCUGAGAAGCGUUCAGUCAUAGAUGUGGUUACAAGCAUCAUUGAUGGUGUGGCUACAGGUACAAAGAUUGUCAAAAAUGGAGCCGGUAUACUAACAGGAUUGGCUGAAAUAAUCACUAAAGCAAUUAAAGGUCAGGUGAUGAUUUCCAGAAUACAGUUUGAUAACCAUACACGAGAGGAAUUGCCAACACUCAAUAUUGAAUACUCAACACUCAGUGAGGAAAAUAAAGGUGUGGAGACAAGUCAUAGAAAGGGACCUGAGAAGCGUUCAGUCAUAGAUGUGGUUACAAGUAUCAUCGACGGUGUGGCUACAGGUACCAAGAUUGUCAAAAAGGGAGCCAGUAUACUAACAGGAUUGGCUGAAAUAAUCAAUAAAGCAAUUAGAGGUCAGGUGAUGAUUUCCAGAAUACAGUUUGAUAACCAUACACGAGAGGAAUUGCCAAAACUCAAUAUUGAAUACUCAACACUCAGUGAGGAUAAUACAGGUGUGGAGACAAGCCAUAGAAGGGGACCUGAGAAGCGUUCAGUAAUAGAUGUGGUUACAAGUAUCAUCGAUGGUGUGGCUACAGGUACCAAGAUUGUCAAAAAGGGAGCCAGUAUACUAACAGGAUUGGCUGAAAUAAUCAAUAAAGCAAUUAGAGGUCAGGUGAUGAUUUCCAGAAUACAGUUUGAUAACCAUACACUAGAGGAAUCGCCAAAACUCAAUAUUGAAUACUCAACACUCAGUGAGGAUAAUACAGGUGUGGAAACAAGCCACAGGAGGGGACCUGAGAAGCGUUCAGUAAUAGAUGUGGUUGCAAGUAUCAUCGACGGUGUGGCUACAGGUACCAAGAUUGUCAAAAAGGGAACCAGUAUACUAACUGGAUUGGCUGAAAUAAUCAAUAAAGCAAUUAAAGGUCAGGUGAUGAUUUCUGGAAUCCAGUUCGAUAACCAUACACUAGAGGAAUACCAAACACUCAAGAUUGAAUACUCAGCAUUCAACGAGGAGAAUAAAGCUCCUAAGCCUGCCCUCUGCCUGGAGCCUAAAGUAACAGGCGGCUGCAAUGCCGUGAUGACCAGGUACUUCUACAACGCCCAGACUGGCCUCUGCAAGCAGUUUGUGUAUGGUGGCUGUGAAGGGAAUGGAAACAACUUCGAAAAGUUAGAGGACUGCAUGAAGACCUGCUCUCAAGAGGCAGGGUCCCUGUGAGGACAUGCGAACAGUGGAUUCAGGAACUCUGAAGUCCGAGGAGGACCCCUGCAGGGCUGGGCUGUGGCUGCGUCUGAACCUCUUCAGUCUCCUCACAGUCCUUCCCUCCCCAACCAUCCUUAGGAGAGCCUGCCUUUUCCUUUCCUCCAUUGGUCAACGUGUCUAAUUCUGUCUCAUCCAGCUGGUUCUCAGCCCCAUGAGAGCACGUCUUCUCUUUACCCCUAGCACUUCACCCAGUUCCUGACACCAAUGAGACAGUUUAUAGUUAUUUGAAGAAAGUAGGAAGGAAUGUAGAAGCACAUCCCUCAUGACCAGAGUAACUGCAGAGUCUGCGGUGUAACACAGGAUUUUUGUUUUCACCCCAGUCCUCAAGGCAUCUUCACCUUCAUCCAGGUCCCCACCAUCACUGCUCUCCUUGUGGGUGUCCAAGGUGGAAUUUCCAGCAUCCAGUUCUCAACAUCAGUAAUGAGAGAAGAGUUUGGUUUAAAAAAGCCCCUUUUCCACACAAUAAUGUUGCAAUUUUCAUUUCUGUAGCUUCAAACACUAUGGUUUAUAUUUCAGUAAAUGUAUAUUUAAAAUUAAA